CAUGAAAUCAUGACUGCCCCUCGACUCCUCGAGCCCCUCUCCGCACGACCCUGUUCACACUAAUGCGAGCCUCGCGCUAAUGCUGAUGAAAUACACGAAAUGACCUGAGCGAGGCGGUUCCGGUCGUGAACCCCACGGUCGGGACCUUCAUAUCGGGGACUGUCUGGCUUCCCCUUUCACCUUGGUCUGCCUCUUUCUCUGGUUUUGACCAAGAGUUCAGGCAUCUGCUCACUCACCCACGCACACCCAGACAUGGGAUCCAUAAUGCCCAACGUCAAGAUCAUUGCCAUUACUGGCGCCACCGGCGCGCAGGGUGGCGGUGUUGUUAAUGUCAUGAAGAAGACGCCGGGCUGGAGAGUCCGCGCCAUCACACGCAACCCAGACGGCGACGCCGCAAAGAAGCUGACUGCCGAUGGCUCGGUGGAAGUUGUCCGCGCCGACUUCGAUGAUGAAGCGUCCCUCGUCGAAGCAUUCGAGGGCGUCGCAGCCAUCUUCGCCGUAACCAACUGGUGGGAAGCCCUCUUCUCGGGUAAAUCCCAAUGGGAAGCCGGCGAGAUCGAGGAACGGCACGGCAUGAACCUGGCGCGGGCGGCCGCGAAAACGCCCUCGCUCGAGCACUACCUGUGGUCGACGACGCCGAGCGCCAAGCGCAUGUUCCCCGACGGCCGGCUCGAGACGCCGCACAUGGACUACAAGGCUAACGUCGACGCGCGCAUCAAGGCCGAGUUGCCCGACCUGGCGGCCAAGACGACCUACCUCUACUUUGGCUACUACCCGCAGAACAUGGCUUACUUCCCACUGAUCAAACCCAUUGAAUACCCCGGAACAGGCCAAUACAUCCAAGUCCUCGCCACCGACCCGCACGCCAAGGUCCUCCUCUCAGGCGACAUGACGAUCAACCCGGGCAUCUGGGUGCGUCAGGCCCUCGCCGCCGGUCCCGCCGCGUUCGGCAAGUACGCAAACGUGGCGCUUGAGAAGUGGUCCUUCCAGCAGAUGAUGGACAAGUGGUCCGAGAUCACGGGUAAGCGUGGGACGGUGAUUCAGGUGUCAGAGGACGUCUGGGCCAAGCUCUGGGGUCCCGCCGGCCGGGAGCUGGCAUGGCAGUUCCAGUUUGGCGAGCUCUGCGAUCCGUGGGCCAUCCGGGACGACUUUAUCUCUCCUGAGGAGCUCGGCAUCGAUCCGAGUGAGGUGGUCGGGUUCGAGGGUACCAUCAGGGGGUUGACCAGCGCCGGCAUGUUCGAUUAGUGGGGCUGAGAAGGCGAUAAGAAGCGUCCCCGCGUCCUUGUUCAACGGUGGGCAUUUUCUCAACAAGAGCCCGCCAGUCAGGGAAAAUGGCGAUAUGUCGCAUCAGCCACCGAGAACACCAAGGAGUAUGGCGUCAAGGAGAAAGGCAAGUCAGCCGGCGAACCUUAGCUUAGGAUUGAGAGGGACUGGUGACGAGAGCUCGGUAAGAGAUGCAAUAGGCUUGAGAAGGAGCGCCAGGACUGUCGCGAGAAAUUCGUGGACUGCCUAGAUAAACUUGGGGAGAAGUAUAAUAUUCGCUGAUUUUUCCGGAGAAAUCAUUCGG